GUACUCCUCCCCAAGUUCAACAAGGCCAAGGAGGACGGAGAUCAGGAGGGCCAGACCAAGCUCCUGGCCGUCUGCCCAGACUUGGAAGCUGCGUGGAAGCCGCCACCAGAGGCCUCACCGGUGGAGCGCCUGGCACAGAAGGCGCAACAGCUCCGCCAGCUCCAGGCGCAGCAGGGGCGGAUCAAGAACCAGCUGUUGCAGGCGGCCCAGACUCUCAAAGAUAUGCAAACCAAGCUCAGGACCAACAUCGAUGAAUGCCAGUCUGCGCAGUCCGAGAUCGACGAACUGGUGGGCAAGACCAAGGCAGGAGGACCACAGUCGGACGCACGGCAAGCACAACAGGCACAUCAAGAACAUGAAGAAGAUUUCCCAGAGUUGGAGACUGAGGAAUUGGCAUCCCUCGAUGAACCCACUCGGAAACAGUACGAAGAAGCGGCAGCGGCUCACAAGAAGGCUCGCAACCUGCUCAAGUCGGCCACUGAUGCGGGCAAAGCGGCACGUGAGGCUGCAGAGAGGCUGCGAACGCUGCACAACUCCAUCAAGAGCGCCAUCGUCAACACAAAGAAAGAACGACCUACACGAAUGAAGUGUGGCUAUGUGGACGUGCUGUUCGCCAAUGUCACGCACUACGGGGAAAAGGUGCGACACUAUGUGGAGCACUGCAGUUUUGACAUGAUCGGCUUAGCAGAGCAUCACCUGCUCCCAAAGGCCGCCAAGCAGGAGAUCAAGAAACUGAGAUUCAAGGGGUGGCAAUCACAGUUCUCGUGGACGCCUGCGACACCAUCGAUGCGGAGUAAGUCUGGUACUCAAGGGGGGACGUGCUGGCUUGCCAGAGCAGGCCACGUCACGGCAGCACACUUGCCCGAUGGCACGGGGCACAGUGUAUUUCAGAAAGAACUGCGCGACAUCUCGAUCAUCCUCUGGCGUUUGAAAGGGGCAACGCUGGCUUUGAUCUCGGUGUAUCUUGAUUGCAGUGUGGGACUUGAUGGACCAGCGAACGUCGCCAAGAUGGCACAGCUGACACGAGUGGUGCAGAUGCCGAUCCAGCCAGUGAAGAUCGAGAUCGCCACCACCACGGCCCACAAAGAGAAAGGACUCAAGCGAGCCCAACGUGAUCGUGAGAAGUAUCAGAAGAUGGUGGCAGCAGCAGCAGAGCGGGAUGAGAAUGCAGCGACACCAGGAGACCUGCAUCAUGAUGAGUAUGGGCAUCUCCUGGAGACGACGUACGCCACGAAGCAGAAAGAGACAACCAGCGAUGAGCAGUGGUUUCAGGCGCUGGCAGACACCCGAGGACGAGCGGUCCAAGACCCAGUUGAUGAUGUGGCAGAAUCCUGGGCGUAUCGCCUGGACCCUGAGGGUUCAAACAAGCUGGCCUACCACUUUGGCGAGUGGUCAGUAGCAGCGGAGCAGUCACUGUGUAUCAUGACGGAUGCCAAGCCAAAAGAGAAGGUGCGCAGAGGAUGCAACCCCAAGUUCACGUUGCGCAAGGUCACCAUGCAAGAGAAGACAGACCCCUUCUUGGACGCGGCCCUCAGGGAGAAGGCGAAUCUGUGGGAGGCCUUGGCGGCCAGACUGAGGGAGUUGGCAAUACUGAAGGCGCGGCAGAAGAAGGAUGAACACUUGAGGCUGGUUGAGAACGUCAUGCGCUCGCUCAGUCAGCGCAUCGAGUUCAUCGAUCAGGCCAAGGGCGGCAAGCAGGACACUGACUGGGACAAGGAGGAGGACAGCAGGGUGCUGCUCAACUUGACGCAGUAUCUAGCAGGUCAGCCGCGUCAGUCACUGCGGGGACCGUUGGGCCCAAAGCCGUCAAAAAAACAGCGAAAGGUCGGAGUGAGCGGCACCCAGCAGGAGGCGACGGAGAUUGUCCCACCAGUGGCCACCAGCAGUAUGGACUGCGAGGACGACCCCUACGAGCAUAUGGAUGCGGAGGCGGACGAGCCCAGCCUGCAGCAGCUGCAGGACCCUGAUGGCGGGAAGCUCGACACCUACGGCUCCACCGACUGGGGGUACAUCGUCCCAACUGGCCCGCUCUACGGGGUUGGGACCACGAGCGACGAGGGCAGCAAGCACUAUGACACCCUCGACGCCAUCUACUGGGAGUACGCCGCCCCAACUGGCCCGCUCUACGGGGUUGGGGCCAAGAGCGUCGGGGAGUUCGAGCA